AUGACGGAUAAAAGAAUUAGGGUUAGUUGGAAGUCGGAAUUGGUGGACAAAACUUUUUUGGAAGCAUGUAUACAAGAAUUAACAAGCAAUGGUCGGGAGGGUAGUGGCCUAAAAGCAAGCUCAUGGGCUGUGGUCGCGGAGAAAUUGAAAACAGAUCAUAAUUUUAUUGUCGACAAAAAACAAAUGAAAAACCGAUACGACUAUUUAAAAGCAAAGUAUGCAGUGUGGUUAAAACUUAAAAACAAAACAAGAAAUAUUUAUAAUCCCGUAACAAAUUUUUUUAACAUGACUAAUAAAGAAUGGGAAGCAGAAGCGAAGUUGAACAAGUAUGUAGAUAAGCUGAGAAAUGCACCCCUCCUUUGCCCUGAACUUUGUACCCAACUAUUUGAUGGUACGACCUCGACCGGUGUUCACAGUUGGGGUCCAUCUUUGACACUACCUCAUCCCAAUGAAACCUUCAGUACACAUGAUUUUGAGGAUACAGAGAUGUAUGAGCCAGCACCUCAUGCAGAUACCCCAAGCUCAACAGUACCUCAACCUACUAGUGAGGAAUCAUCUGGGCGGACAAAAAACAAGGGGGGCAAACGAAAUGUUCCUAAAGAUACCACACUUGAUGAUGAGUUGAAAGAAGUUGGAAGAGAAUUUAUCAAGGCUGCACAAGGAUUCACGGAAGCAAAUAAUCUUGACAAGGAGAUGGAUGCUUGUAUGGCGAAGUUGACAAGCUUGGAAUAG